GGCUUGACGGGUUGGGGAGGGGAGGUGAUGGCUGCGGCUGCGGCUGCGGCGGUGAAUAGACGGAGGACGCGCGCGGAGUAUAAGCGUGUGUCAGCGUACAUCAUAAUACGGUGUGUUUGUGCCUCUGACAUAGGCGGAAUAAAUCGAGGAAGACAUUUCUUUAUUUGACGAAAGAGAGAGCAACGAGUACGCGAAAGAAAGAUAAGAAGAGUGUGUGAAACGGGUCCAUGGUGUGAAACGAGGAUAGUAAGAUGGCGGGAUCACUAACGUGGUCGUGCACUUGUUGUCUACGAUUCAAGUUCAGCCCAGAAGAGAUCGAGCAACGAUACAAAAGUCAAGAGAUCGACCGGAUGCUAGAGAAAGAUCGGCAAACUUUCCGCAGGCAGGUUAAACUCCUGCUUCUCGGUGCUGGAGAAAGUGGAAAAUCAACAUUCCUUAAACAGAUGCGAAUUAUACACGGAAUCAAAUUUGAGCCUGAAUUAAUUAAAGAGUACCAGCAUAUAAUCUAUCAAAAUAUAAUCAAAGGAAUGAAAGUAUUGGUAGAUGCAAGAGAUAAGCUGAACAUACCUUGGGAAAAUCCUAAAAAUUAUGAUAUUGGAUAUCAGUUAUUGAAAUUUGAGAAUACCAUGGUUUUGGAUACUAGAUUGUUCCUCCAUUAUGUACCAGCUUUGCAAAGUUUAUGGAAAGAUGCAUCUAUUAAAAAAGCAUUUGAUAGAAGAAGAGAAUUUCAAUUAAGCGAUUCGGUCCAAUAUUUUCUGGAUAAUCUCGAUAGGAUUGCCAAAGUGGAUUAUGCUCCUACGCAUCAGGACAUUUUACAUUGUAGAAAGGCGACAAAAGGAAUUUCAGAAUUUGUCAUACCAAUAAACAAUAUUCCAUUUCUAUUUGUUGAUGUCGGUGGACAGAGAUCUCAAAGACAAAAAUGGUAUCAAUGUUUUGACUGUGUGACCUCUAUAUUAUUUCUUGUAUCUUCUUCGGAGUUUGAUCAGGUCUUAUUAGAAGAUAGGAGGACCAAUAGAUUAGAAGAAUCAAGAAAUAUCUUUGAUACAAUAGUGAAUAAUAUGAUAUUUGGUGGUGUGUCAAUAAUUUUGUUUCUAAAUAAAACUGAUCUCUUGGAUAGAAAAGUAAGAUCGCAUGAUACCAAUGUUCGCUGGUAUUUUCCACAAUUUACGGGCGAUUCACAUUCCAUGAAGGAUGUACAGAAUUUUAUAUUGGAAAUGUUUAUAUCUGUCAAAAAGGAUCCAAGGAAGCCUUUAUUCCAUCAUUUUACUACUGCUGUCGAUACAGAAAAUAUUAAAGUUGUAUUUAAUGCAGUAAAGGAUACUAUUUUGCAUCGCAAUUUGGAGUCUUUAAUGCUCCAAUAAUGUAAAGUAAGAAUGGAGGGAGCAGUUAUUAAUGGUUAAAAGCUCGUCGUACAGGCUGAAAGAAACGCAAGGGUGAGCUGCUGAAUCGUUGGUAGGAUCCGGCGAAAGACAAAAAGUGAAGACGAGAAAAAGGGAAAAAUCAAGGAAGAGCGGAACGACGGGGAAGAUCAAGGUCUUUUAACUGUAAAGAGAUUGCGUCAUUCAUGUGGUGCACAGUGCAAGUAGCCAGUAAGCUGAGGAUCACACGUGACGUCAGUGCCAUUAAUGUACAACGUUCAAUGUUCGAGCAAUGAGAUAAAGGAUUUCAAACAAAUGUUUAUAUACCACACACACACACACACACACACACAUAUAUAUAUAUAUAUAUAUAUAUAUGUGUAUGUAUGUAUGUAAGAUACAUUUUUCUUAGAUGUUUAUCCUAAUUUAAUACUUCAAAUAGCACCUUUCGAAGUAAACUUAAUAACAAGAAAAUAUGAAAUGUAUUCAAGUUUACUAAAUCGGAAUCCAAUGGAAUCGAAGGAUUAUUCAUUUGUUUAUCACAUUCGCAAUGAUUACUUGAUCGAGCAACGAAUGGAUUAAGUAUCGCAAGUGGAAUCUAUAAAUAGAAUCAAAGAAUGCUUUCAUGCAAGGCUUUCAUCCCAGGACUCCUACAGAAACUAACCUAUAUAGCAGAAAAUGAUUGAUAGAAAAAAAUAAAUAAAAAACUAAAUAAAAAAAAGGAAAAUAAAAAACUUAUAUUUGCACAAAGAUAUACCAUUAAUUAUUUUACUUAUUACAUAUACAUAUGUGUGUAUAUAUAUAUAUAUAUAUAUAUACACAAGUGGAUCAACAAAUAUAAAUAACCUUUCAUUAUUUCUUCUCUCAUCAUUUCGCAACAAAUAUUUACGAGAUAUGUAUCAAUAUAGCAAUUGUCCUAUUGAUGAAUACUGAUUAACUUUUACACAUCUUUUUAUAAGAUUCUAUUUAACAAAAUUGUAAAUAUCAGUAAACAGCAACAAACAUAAAAUUCACAUUUUAAUGUUGUUGCCUAAGUGUUGUUAUAGAAGGAAAGAGAAGACAUAAUAAGGUAUAGGACACGCAUGUGAGAAGCGUGGGAGGGAGAGAAGGAAAGGUUGGGUGGGAGAGAUGGAAGAGAGGGAGAGAGUAAAGGAAAGAGAAGGGAAGAAAAGAGAGGGAGAGAGGGACAGAAAUAAAGUAUUUAGAAUCCUACGUCACGCCAUCGACCAAUGGAAUAAAAAAAAAGCAAAAAAAAAAAAAAAAAAAAAAAAAAAAAAAAAAAGAAAAGAGAGAAAAAGAAAGAAAAAAGCAGAUGAUCGUGGCGAAGGAUGAGACACUCGCUGCUAACCAAAAGAUUACUCACCAAGACUUUGGUAAAGCGCCUUUCAAGUUCUACGGCAUCCGGCAUCGGUUGUCUUGGUGCACCACGGACGCUACCACUUUUCGCAUGUAAUCCGGCCAAAGCUCCGAUACCAUGACUCGUUGGUUGAUAAGAAUGCUGAGAGGAUCCGUCUUUGAUAGCCCCAUGAAAUACUUCCCGUACACCGGCGUCGCUCUCGUUGAUACGACUUUGCACGCUACCCAUUGUUUCGGCUUUUUGUAUAUGUCACAUUCGAAGAAACAAAUAUACACACAUGUGUAUAUAUCUAUAUUUUAUAUAUAUUAUAUAUAUAUAUAUAUAAUAUAUAUACACACACAUGCACGGGCACACACAUAUAUACGUAUGUAUCAAUCAAGAAGACGGGCGCGCAACUCGGCGGUAGCGGACGAUCGUACAAAGACGUAUCGUAAAUAAACACGAUUCAGGAACAAUGUGCACACUCUCUUUCUCUCUCUCUCUCUCUCUCUCCGUCCCCUUGUCAACACGAAGAACGGUGGUCAGUAACAAUAACAGCGACGGCGACGACGACGACGACGUUCGCGAUACUUCCUCAUUCUCGAUCGCUUCCAAUUAUUAAGCUCUCUCUAGGAUGAGUAAUGACGAGAAAUUAACGAUUGAAAUUGGUUAUCGUAAACUCGCGCAACAGGUAUCGAGCAAUCCAUCGUGAACACAAUUCCCAUGAACUCAGAAACUCGCGUGAGACGAAUCACUCUGCAUUCAACACCACGUACUUGCGUCCACGACAUCUGCGAUAGCCUCAUCAGUGGGAAGACGGACACUCCCGUCUUAAAAUCUUUGAUAUAACGACAUUAGCGCCAUCUUCUUCGAUAUUCUUCCUUUAACCGAACUAAACUUCGAUUAUUAUCGAUACUCGCGAUACUUCGAUUAAGGGAGGCAAAUUUAAAAAUGUUUGCACGAUUUCUUUUGAAAAAGGGUUUUGUUUUCAAUGAUUAUUCAGUAAAUAGGAAAACACGAAAUAAAUCUUUAAUAAUUAGAAAGAAAAUACGAUACAAAAGAAAAGAUAACACGACACACUUAUCGAAAAUAUUGCACUCAUAUAUAUAACUUUCGUUCAAAUUCUUGACGAUUAAUUUAACACUCCAAGGAUUACAAUAAAAAUAGGAAAUCUUUGACAAAACAAUUAAAUAAUAAACUCAGUAAAAUAUUGAUACAUAAGCGCAUUGAAGUUAAAUUAUGUAUUUACAAAUAUUAGUGACCUACGAUUUACGCUUUCGACAACAGUCGAAUUAAAAACAAUGUUUUACAUCGAAACGCAGAAUAAAUUGCACUUUUUAAACGAAUACAAAUUCUUAUUCAAUUAAGUGCACUUUGAAAGGAAUACAAAUAACAUUCUUAGAUACGCGAUACAAUGUAUUUAAAUCUAAGUUUAUUAUGCAACGCUUUAUCCUUUAUCAUUGGCACAUGAUUGGAGUGUGAUUUUUCUGAUAUUCCAUUUAAACUUUUUAAAUAAAAAGGAAAAUUAAUUACAAGUAUGAAUUACGAUCUAACAGAAUUAGCAAAUUUAUUAAAGGUCUCAUGCACCUAAAAUAACAUAUCAUUCAAAAUAAAAACAAUGAUAAAUUAUUCAUUUUCACAAUAGGUACUGACAAUUCUCCUAACAAUAUGCUAAUUAUGCAUCUACAGGAAAAACAUUUAUGAAAGUUAAACAAGUAUCUAAAUAUCAUAUCAACUGUAUAAAGAUGUGCAACAAUCGAUAUACCCAUCAUAAGUUACAUGAUCACAAAAUCGACGUUCACACUACACGGUACGUGAGAGAGAAAAAGUAUGGAAGAUAGCAGUAUUUUUUGGGCAAUAUUUCAUUCCAAACAAAGACUAACGACACAACAGAUGAUUGAUCAAAACAAAAAGCGAGAUGAGAAUAUAAUUCUAUAAAAUAGAAUUGUCAAUGAUUUCAAACGUACUUCCAGAAUAAUUGAUAAAUCUACUACCGUAGGCAUACCAUGAAUCAUUAAUAAAUUCUACUUUAUAGAAUUAUAAUCUCAUUUCACUUAUUGUUAUCAUUUAUUUUUGAUUGAUGGUAACAAUCAUCAAUGGUUAAUCGUUAAUUCUAUUGACAAUUGAAAUAACUAACUUGAUCAUACUUGAUAUAUGAUUAAUAUUAUUCUAAAUAAUAUUAUGUUGAAUUCAAUUUGAAUGAAAUAUUAUCCAAUGAUGGAAGAUAGAAAGAGUGUUAUGUGGAUGUUUACAUUCUUCAAUAGAGCCAUUUUACACGACACAUAUCACUCGAUAAUCUCCAACUACCUUAAUGAACUGGAAAUUGGAAAAUGAUCAAGAAUCAGCUUCAAUGACAAUGUCUAAGACUAUAUACGAAGUUUAAAUAGUGUUUUCAGAACGUUGGUGAUUCUUUAUAAAAAAAAAAAAAAAAAAAAAAAAAAAAAACAAA